AUGAUGGAAAGUUCUCAUGUUGAUACUGUCCUGCGGAAUGUUCUCCAAGAAGUUUUGUCAGAUGUUGAGAAGAAAUUGAGAGAGGAUAUAGACAAACAUUUAAAAUUAUCGCGUGCAUCCAACGAGCAGAAGCUGAAAGAACUCACAGCGCAAUUUGAGCAUGUUUUUCGUCAGAAGCAAUACAGCCAUGAACAAGAAUUGCUAGAGUUGCAAGGAUCGGUAGAAUACUUACAGGAGACACUGACAACAACACGUGAACAGAAGGAACGUCUUGAGCAGGAACUUGAAGAUGCCAAUGUCAAGUUAUUGGAAACCUCUGAGGAGAUGGGAAGUAUUCGGGCUGAAGUAUCGGAUCUUCGAAAAGAAGUUCAAGUUUUAAGAGCUUAUAGGGACAAACAUAUGCGUGAAGUGCAAAAUUUGGAUCAGCUCCAGAAGCGCUUAGAAGACUAUCAAGCAGUUAACCGUUACAUUCGCCAAGAAUUUGCUAAGGUGAGGUAG